GGCUUGACCUGGAUCCUGCACAGCAGGGAAGGGAGACUGAAGCUGAGAAAGAUACUUGUUGGUCACGCCAGCCAUGGCAGUGGCAGCCAGGAUAGUCAGGACUACGACCUCCCCGCAUGCCAACAUCACCACCACAGCUUGGCCAGGCUUCUUGGACAGCUGGCUUAGCCGGAUCCCAUUACCCAAAUGGGCGCUCAUCACCGUGGCUGUGGCAGGGGCCAUUCUCCUCCUCCUCUUCCUUAUCUGCAUCAUCAGGUGCUGCUGUGGCAAGAAAAAGCCCAAGAAGAAGGAGAGAAUCAGCUUGUGCCCUGUCAGCAACUCAACCACAGCCAGCCUCGUCCAGCCUGAGAUGGAGGACCUGGAGCGAGGAGUGGAGCAGAUGCGUCGAGGAAAGCUGCAAUACUCCCUGGAGUACAACUUCCGCACGCAGGAGCUGAAAGUCGGUGUGAAGCAGGCAGUUGAGCUAAAGGCCAUGGACAGUGGAGGCACAUCCGAUCCAUAUGUGAUCGUCUACCUAACGUCUGAUAUGAAGAAGAGAUACGAGACCAAGGUUUACCGCAAGACCCUGAACCCCAUCUUCAACGAGAGCUUUACUUUCCAGGUACCCCAGGCAGAGGUGCCUGAAUGCACACUGGUGAUGCAGAUUUAUGACUUCAACCGCUUUGCCAAGCAUGACAUCAUUGGUGAGGUCCGGCUGCCCCUGGCCAGUGUCAACCUGCAGCACGUUAUCGAGCAGUGGAGUGAACUGGCGGCGGCCAGUAAAGUGGAGGAAGAGCAGCUGGGUGAGAUCUGCUUCUCACUACGCUAUGUCCCCAACACUGGCAAGCUGACGGUGCUCAUCCUGGAAGCCAGGAAGCUGAAGCGAAUGGACUCUCAUGGACUCUCAGAUCCUUUUGUCAAGGUGCAUCUCAUCCUGAACAGGAAGAAAUGGAAGAAGAAGAAGACAAGUGUGAAGAAAAACACCUUAAGCCCUUACUUCAAUGAGGUGUUUGUUUUUGAGGUGCCUUUCAAUCAGAUCCAGAAUGUGGAUGUGGUCAUCUCUGUCUGGGACCACGACAAAGUGACCAAGAAUGAGCCCAUCGGCAAACUGUUCCUGGGCUGUCGAGCCACAGGCAACCAGCUGCGGCACUGGUCCGACAUGCUGUCCAACCCACGCCGGCCUCUCGCCCAGUGGCACAUCCUGCAGCCCCCCGAUGUGGUUGACAAAGCCCUGGGACUGAAGUCUCACCUCAAGCUGCCCCUGGCCUCCAGAUAGUGGGGGUCUCCUUCUCCACCCAUGGAGCAGGAUGGUGGGCUUGUGGAGGAGAGAGGGGCUUCUGCUCAGCAACACCUUGGUCCCAGCUCAGUGUCAGCAAAGAGGGCACUGGGACUCCUUUUGGCUAAGAGAUGAUCUGGCUGCUGGUGCAGUUCAUGCCCUGUGUAAUGCCUGGGGUGGGGCAGCUUGGUAUCCCAGGGCAAUGCUGGACAUGGAGCAGAGGAUGCUAGAGGAGAUGACAUGGGCACAGGAGCCA